AUGGUUUCCACAACCGGAGGCAUCAUCAUUGCCGUUGUUGUUCUAUCCGCCACCGCCGCGGUUGGAUGGAUCGUCUUCACCCAACUGCGUGCGCGUAGGUUAGGCCUGCCGCCGCCGAGCCUCUCGUCGUAUUUAUUCUGGAAGAAGGGGGCAGAGAACGGAUACGGAACCCCUCGCCCGGCCCCCGGCGGUAUUGUCGGCUGGUUCAACGACCAGGUGCGCAAGUUCAAAAGCCGCAACAACCGCUCUGCGACGGGAGCCUACGAGCAACCCCUCAAUGGCAGCGGCGGAGCGAAUCGCGGGCGCCGCGGCUUCGGGCCGCUCGACCCAGACGAGGCGUGGGAUGCGCGCGUCGGUCAAGAGGUAGGCGAAUAUGACUAUUUCGAGGGACAAGAGCUCGGCCAUGGUCCCGGACGAUCUGAGUAUGCUGGCGGGGGAAGCUACAAUGCGAGCCCGACUGUGACGCCAUCAGCCAAGUUCGAUGAAGCGGGCCGAAGCCGCCUAUCGACGAGAGAACCGGCCGACGCUCCCGCAGUACGGAUGAACCCUUUCGGCGACGACGCUGCGUCUAGCCUGCGGGGCAGCCGGCAGAAGCUCGAUCACAUGGAGCUCCGUGAUCCCCGGGAGAAUUUCUAG